CGUUUUGUCCUUUACUCGAAAGCGCAAGCCACCCCUUCGCUUCCGUCCCUUUCCAUCCUCUCCUCGUCUCUCUCCCUCUUCGCCGCCUCCGCUUGCCGUCCCAAAUCGGCUCUCCGGCCGCGCCAGGCUCCCGUCUCGAUGGGUCUCCUCUCCAAUAGGAUUGGGAAGGAGAGCCUCAAGGCGGGGGAUCACAUCUACUCGUGGAGGGCCGCCUGGGUCUACGCGCAUCACGGAAUAUAUGUUGGUGAUGAUAAGGUGAUUCAUUUUACAAGAGGAAGGGACCAGGAGGUUGGAACAGGAACUGUCAUUGAUAUUCUUCUUGUGAGUUCUGCACCGAAACGAAGCGACACGCCAUGUCUGGUAUGCACCAACGAAGACAAUGAUGCCAGCAUGGAGACAAAUGGUGUGGUAUCCUCCUGCCUCAACUGCUUCCUGGCUGGGGGUGCCCUUUACCGUUUUGAGUACGCAGUCAACCCAGCUCUCUUCCUUGCCAAAGCGCGAGGAGGGACGUGCACGCUCGCUACCUCUGACCCCGACGAGGCAGUGGUCCGCCGUGCCAAAUACUUGCUGAGCAACGGUUUCAGGUGCUACAACCUAUUCAAGAGCAACUGCGAGGACUUCGCAAUAUACUGCAAGACUGGCCUCCUUGUGGCGGAGCGGGGUGUUGUUGGGCAGAGCGGGCAGGCCAUCUCGAUCAUUGGUGGACCUCUUGCUGCAGUGAUCUCAACCCCGUUCCGCCUGGUCACCACAAACAUCUAUGGAAUGGCGGUGAUGGCCGUCGGGGUGUACUGCGCCAGCAGGUACGCGGCUGACAUUGGCAAUCGCCGUGAUGUGGUGAAAGUGGAAGUCGAGGACCUGACGGCGGGACUGGCCAGCGGCAGGAUCCGUGCGGUGGAGAACCAGCUGGUGGUUCCUGCAGAAAGCCCGGCUGUGACCACAGUCGCAGCUUAAAAUGCAGCAUUGCUGUUGUAACAUCUGCAAGAUUUACAUGAGUCGAGACCUUUACUGCUGCCAAGUGUAUGGAUUGUUUGUUUGUUGAGUUAAAGAAUCUUCUGAACUCUGUCGAAGUGAGGCUUCCGUUCGGCAAUGUCUGUAUGACUGUAUGAUUAUCGUGUAUCGCUUGCCCAGUGUUGUGACUCAAGGUAAAAAAGAAGAAGAAAAUACUGUUGUGUGCCUUGUCGUAA